CCACACCAUGGCGGCUGCACGGCUCGGCCUCCUCCUCCUCCUCGUGGUGGUCGUCGUUGGCGGCGCCCGCGCCGGUGCGUCCGGGUCCGGCGAUGGUGGCGUCAUCCGGCAGGUGACCGACGGAUGGACGUCGGGGCUUCUCCCUGAGGCGCAGUUCGCGGCGUUCGUGCGGCGGCACGGGCGCGAGUACUCCGGCCCGGAGGAGUACGCGCGGCGGCUGCGCGUGUUCGCCGCCAACCUGGCGCGCGCCGCGGCGCACCAGGCGCUCGACCCGACCGCGCGCCACGGCAUCACCCCGUUCUCCGACCUCACCCGGGAGGAGUUCGAGGCGCGGUUCACGGGCCUCGCCGCCCGUCACGACGCCCGCCGGAUGCCGGCCGCCGCGCCGGCCACGGAGGAGGAGGUGGCCGACCUCCCCGCCAGCUUCGACUGGCGCGACAGGGGCGCCGUCACCGACGUCAAGAUGCAGGGCACGUGCGGCUCCUGCUGGGCCUUCAGCACCACCGGCGCCGUCGAGGGCGCCAACUUCCUCGCCACCGGCAAGCUCCUCAACCUCAGCGAGCAGCAGCUCGUCGACUGCGACCACACGUGCGACGCGGCGAAGAAGACGGAGUGCGACAGCGGCUGCGGCGGCGGGCUGAUGACGAACGCCUACACCUACCUGAUGGGCUCCGGCGGGCUGAUGGAGCAGAGCGCGUACCCGUACACGGGCGCGCAGGGGGCCUGCCGCUUCGACGCGAACCGGGUCGCCGUCCGCGUGGCCAACUUCACCGUCGUGCAGCCACCAGAUGGGGGCGGCAACGACGGCGGCGACGGCCAGAUGAGGGCGGCGCUGGUCCGGCGGGGCCCGCUGGCGGUGGGGCUGAACGCGGCGUUCAUGCAGACGUACGUGGGCGGGGUGUCGUGCCCGCUGGUGUGCCCGCGGGCGCUGGUGAACCACGGCGUGCUCCUCGUCGGCUACGGCGAGCGCGGGUUCUCGGCGCUGCGGCUCGGGUACAGGCCCUACUGGAUCAUCAAGAACUCGUGGGGGAAGGCGUGGGGGGAGCAGGGCUACUACCGCCUCUGCCGCGGCCGCAACGUCUGCGGCGUCGACUCCAUGGUCUCCGCCGUCGCCGUCGCGCCGCCGUGAUCCCAUGUGCACCGGCUGUGUCGGAUACUACUCCUACCUUGUUUGGUUUAGGCAGCGCCGCGCGUGUGGAAGCCGUGGCAGUAGUGUUUAUUAUAAGUGUGUGUCGCGGUGGGUUGUUUUAGCCGUCAAUCAAUGAUAUGUAUGUAUAGAAUAACAC